AUGCAAAUGAAGGUCCCAGAUGUCAAUCGAUGUUGUUUUUGUAUACCUUUACGACCGGGAAUCAUUUUGUUUGCUUAUCUAAAUAUAAUAUUUUCAGUCCUAUCUGUAACAUGCUUGGUAAUUACCACAGAGUUGCAAAAAACUUCAAUAACCCAUGACCCUUCGGUUGAGGUUAUGAUAUCUACCGUCCUUUUUAGCAUCCUCGGAAUGGGGGUUAUACUCAAUUUCUUACUACUUAUUGCUGGUUACCAGAAAGAUGUCUCGAUGUUGCGUCUCUAUAACUACUAUGCGCUGGUCACAACGCUAGCCGCUUUAGUGCCAACCUGCUUCCUGUUUUCCAGAAAAAUGUUCACGGAAGUGUUCGUCGCUUUGUUUGUAAUAGCAAUGCAGUGCUACGUCAUAGUGCUUGUAAGAAGCGAAGUGGUAAAACUAGAAGAAAAUAAAUUGAAGAAUACUGAAGUUUCACAUUCGCGUUUUCAUAACUGUAUUGAUAUUUCGGAUCGUGUGACUUUAGUGUAA